AUGGGUAUUUUAGUUUCAUUUAUUAUAAUAUUUUUCCUUCCUUCUGUACCAUUUUUGAUAUUUUUAUCAAUUUAUUUACGAGGAGUAAAAAAUAAAGAUUCAGUAGCAUUUUUUCAUCCAUACUGCAAUGCAGGUGGAGGUGGAGAAAGAGUUCUAUGGUGUGCUUUAAAUGGCAUGCAAAAAAGAUAUGGCAACAGAGGAAUUAAGUUUGUCAUUUAUUCAGGAGACACUGAUGUAACAGCAAAAGAUAUUUUGCAAAAAGCUAAAGAAAGAUUUAAUGUUGAAGUUUCAGAAGAUAAUGUUAAAUUUAUUUUUUUAAGAUGGCGUUGGCUUUUAGAAUCAUCAAAUUAUCCUCGUUUUACAUUAAUUCUUCAAACUUUAGCUGGAUAUUAUGUUGGAUUGGAAGGAUUAUUAAAAUACAAUCCAGAAAUAGUAAUUGAUACGAUGGGUUAUCCAAUUAUAUUACCAUUAUUUAAAUGGAUUGGUGGAUGUAAAGUUGCUUGUUAUGUUCAUUAUCCUACUAUAAGUACAGAUAUGAUAAAUUUAAUUGAAAAUCGUAAAUCAAGUUACAAUAAUGCAGAAUGGAUAUCAAAAAGUUUUAUAUUUAGUUAUGUAAUGGUUAAUGGUAGUUGGACAGAAAAACAUAUUAAUUCACUAUGGAAUUGUAAAUCUAAAAAAGUUUAUCCACCAUGUAAUGUUGAGGAAUUUUUAAAAAUUCAAAAUACAUCAGAAGAUGUAUUAAAAAAUAAAAAAGUUGUACAGAUAUUAUCAGUAGGACAAAUUAGGCCAGAAAAAAAUCAUAGAUUACAACUUGAAUCAUUUGCAAUGGCUAAAAAAGUUUUAGAAAAAAAUGAUAUUAAACUUAAACUUAUUAUUGUUGGUGGUUGUCGUCAUGAAGAUGACAUUCAACGUUAUGAAAUGCUUAAAGAUUAUAGUGGGAAAUUAUCAAUAUUAGAUGAUGUUAUUUGGAAAGUGAACUGUCCAUUUAAUGUACUAUUAGAACUAAUGUCUACUUCUUUAAUUGGAAUACAUACAAUGAUUAAUGAACAUUUUGGUAUAUCUGUUGUUGAACAGAUGGCAGCUGGAAAUAUUAUGAUUUCACACAAUUCUGGAGGACCUUUAAUGGAUAUUGUUGUUGAUAAGUAUCCUUCAUCAAAAUGUAGGGGUUUUUUAGCAACAACAUCUUCAGAAUAUAGUGAAGCAAUAAUUGAUAUAGUAAAUUUAAGUAUUGAUAAAAGAAAUAAAAUUAGAGAAGAAGCUAAAAAACAACUUGAAAAAUUUAGUGAUAUUAAUGAAGCGGAAAAGAAAGUUCGGACUUUUAAGACAGCUUUUGACCUAACAAGUUUUAGCUUUUUUCAACGUGGAUCUGUAAAAGAAUUUAUGGAAUUUACAGGAAAACUUUUAGUUGAAAGAUCAGCUAUACCAGCUAGAACAAGUGUUAAAGAACAAGAAUACUAUUGUCAUACUUAUGUUCGUUCAGAUGGUCUUUCUGGUGUUUGUGUAACAGAUUCUGAAUAUCAAUCUCAUGUAGCUUUUACAAUGCUUGGAAAAGUUUUAGAUGAUUUUAUUUCUAAAAUUCAUCCAUCUCAAUGGAAUUCUAUUAAUCAGGAGAAAGAUUGUAGUUAUACCAUUUUAAAUGAACAAUUAGUCAAAUGGCAAAAUCCAUCACAGGCUGAUGCAAUGACAAGAGUCCAAGAAGAAGUGGAAGAAACAAAAGUUAUCCUUCAUGAUACUAUUCAAUCAAUUUUACAUAGAGGAGAAAAAUUAGAUGAUAUAGUAAAGGCAAGUGAAAGUUUAAGUGAACAAAGUAAAAUGUUUUAUACACAAGCUAAAAAAAUGAACAAAUGUUGUAAUUGGACUUAA